UUUGCAAAUAACAGUAAAAUUAGAUUUUGUUUCACGGUCUCGAAAAAGUGACCAAUAUUAUCCGAUAGAUUUGUUAAUGGACCGUCCUCUUGGUUUUGGCUGAUUCCGCAAGAAUCCUGCUAGAAUCGAUUGCUGUUAGAAGAAUUCCAGAACUGGUAACGAAUGACCCCGUUUCGGUUAAAGUCACCCUAAUUAAAUAAACAACAACAAUCCGGGCUGGACUUGAAUCCAACUCUUGCGUGUUUCUAAGGGCCCGUCAUGAACCCACCCGUACCGGACACGUCGACCAUCUGCCGGGUGUGCAUGACGAUGGCCAAGGGCGACGGCCACGCGGUCGAGCUGGUCAGCUUGUACACGCUAUCGCCCUCGGUUCCGGAGCAGAUCAGCCUGCACGAGAUGCUGAAGGCGAUCUGCGCUCCGGUGUUUGACAAACCGGCGUCCCCGGAAACGAUGCCGGAGAAUGCCUGUACGGGCUGUCGGAACGACAUCAUAGCGGCCUUCCGGUUGCACCAGCAGUGCGUCGAGACGGACCGACUGCUCGGGGAGUUGCUGGCGGUGAAGCAGGAGGAGCAGAAGCAGUUUUGUGGCGAGGAGGAGGAAGACAUGAAGGUGGAUGGCGAGGAUCCGCUGAUGAGCUGCGAGCGGCGCGAAGUUAUCAAGGUUGAGAUGCUGGACUUGCUGGAGAAGGUGGAUGAGGGGGAUAGUUCGGAGGAAUCGGACUGCGAAACGCAGGAAGGUGCUAAGGGCAGUAUGAAGUGUAAGAUUUGUUCAGAGAUUUUCAACGACGUCUCCAAGUUGAGCUCGCACAUGAAGGAUGAACACAGAUUAUAUCUUUGCAAGGAGUGCGGUGAGGUUUGCAAAUCGGAACAUUCUUUGGCCUAUCACAUUGUUAAGCACAAAGAGAAGGACAUUUCCAAUUGCUCCGGUUGUGGGAAACAAUUUGCGACCUCACAUACCAUGCAAAGGCACAAGAAAGGUGGUUUCUGUCCGGGAGAGGGCGAGAGGACGGAAAAGGUAGCCAAGCCUGAACCGACGUUUAGGUGUGACCCGUGUAACGAAACGUUUCAAACGAUAGGGUCCUUUAAUUACCACAAAACGAAGCAUUGUGGUCCAACCGCUUGUGCGGGUUGCCACAAAAGCUUCGCGUCGCCGUCAACGUUGAAGAUCCACAUCAGAUCUGGAGUUUGCAGUGCAGUACAGGACGAACAACCUUCGACGUCCGGGGCUGGUUUGAUGAUAAAGUGCAACAUUUGCGAUCUACUGUUCGAAACGGAAAAGGCCUUGAAAGACCACCGAAUCAAGCAUGCAACGCCAACGGUUUGCCCUGGAUGCGACAAGACCUUUGCGUCAAAAAUAAGUCUGGCUGCACACAUACGAAAGGGAUUAUGUCCAACGGGGAAGACAAAAAUGGAUCUGCUGAAGAUAAAGGAAGGACCUGUGUUUUGUGACAAGUGCGGCAAGCAGUUUUCGAAGCAAUCGAAAUUGCAGCUUCACAUUAAUCAUGGCUUCUGUGAAAAAAGUGAAGCAUCAGCCCAGGCUCGAACGUGUAAAAUUUGCAAAGAGGAACAACAAUCCAUGUACAAGCUCGGUAUCCACAUGAAGGAGAAGCAUCCAGAAAAGCUGUUUUCGUGCGACAUUUGUGGAACAGGUUCGACGACAGAACAAGGCCUGGAAAGGCACAAGAAAAUCCACAUCGAAGGCAAGUUGGCGUUUUGCUGUCCUGUCUGCCAAGAGGACUUUCCGACGAAACGAAUGUUGCGCUCACAUCGAAUCGCUCAUGCCGGCCCGCAGAAAUGUAACGUUUGCGAUAAAGUCGUAACGUCCAAGAGCGCCAUGAGGUCCCACAUGCUGCGGCAUACCGGCGAGAGGAAAUUUUUCUGCGACCACUGCCCCAUGCGGUUCUUCACAGCGGUCGAAAAAGCGCAGCACCUGGUCACGCACACCAGAGAACAGAACUGGAUUUGUGACACGUGCGGUUCCAGAUUCACCAAGAAGACGUCACUGCAAAUCCACAUCAAAGAGAUUCACGAACGGCGGCGCGACCAUGCCUGCACGCUGUGCAAUUACGUCUGCGCGAAAACUUCCCAGCUAAAGCGUCACAUGCUCACACACACGGGAGAAAAACCCUUCAAAUGUACGCACUGCGAGCAGGCUUACGCGCAAAGCAACGAUCUGACCAAGCACGUGGCUCGGGUGCACUCGGACGGGAAGGCCUACCCGUGCGAUCGGUGCAACGAGUCGUUCCGGCUGUUGCUGGAGCUUAGGCAGCACUACCGGGUGCACGUGAAGGAAGGAGAGGAUGACCCACAGGGUGGGACGGUCAGGUUUACCACCAUGGCGGUGCUGAGCCGGCGGCUGGACGUGGAACGACAACAGCAGCAGCAGCAGAUGGAGGAGGGCGGUUCGAAUUAAUUUUUGGUUGAUUGAAGUUUUGUUGAAAACGUGCUUUUUAUAAUAAACAAGCUUAACCCGACAAA